ACACAAGUACUCGUACAUAUUCGCUUUAUGUUCAGGUUUUGAGUUUUUUAAUAAAAGUUAAUAAAUUUUGCUGCAGAUUUUAUGAGUUUUUAGUUAAAAUAAAUUAAAUGUAAAAAUGUUGACUAAAGUUUAUGAUGCACCAACUGUAUUUAAGUAUCUAAACGGUGUCUUAGCGGUAUAUAAACCAGCAGGGAAAAAAGUUAUACAUGUGCGCAAUGCGAUUCUACACAACAUAUGCAAAGAGCUAAAUGAAUUAGAAAUCCGGGAACCUAGAAAGCUUAUGGCCAUAGCGCCAGGAGGAUCUUAUGGACAAAUUUUAAAAAAUGUAACUGAUUUAUCAGACGAUAUAUUAGCUGUAGGACCUCGUUAUAAAAUGGAAGAUUUUAAAUUUAGACCUGCUGUAAAUUUAGAAACGUACACAAGUGGAGUUUUAUUAUUAGGAUUAAAUUCAGGAGUUAAACUAGCAAACAAAAUUCAAAAAGCAAGAGCAAUUAGGGCUUAUUGUGUGACAGGAAAAUUAGGAACAGCAACAGAAAACCAUUUAGCCGAUUCUGCUAUAACUGCUCGAGCUACACACAAACAUAUUAGUGCAAGUAGAUUAGCUUCCUUGGUUGCUUCAUUACAGGCCUCCCACCUUCGAAAAAUGUAUGAGAUGUGUGGUGUAGAUAUACAGUCUCAAUCAGCUUAUGAAUUAGCUUGUCAAGGAUUAAUUAGGCCAGCUAACAAUAUACAACCAGUAAUUUAUUCCAUUAAAGUAAUUAAGUUUAGAAGACCUUAUUUUACUUUAGAAAUUCAUGCUAUCAAUGAAACGCAAUCAUACUUGGCAACCUUAAUUCAUGAAAUUGGUAUUGAAUUAAAAUCCGUUGCCCAUUGUUGUAAUUUGCAAUGUAUUCGCCAUGGUAAUUUCAAUGUAAACGACACAUUAUUAAGAAAGGAUUGGCAUUUACAAAAUAUAAUUGAUAAUAUGCAUCAUUGUAGGAAAUUAAUAGAAAGUAAUGAAAAUUUUACCAAUCAGGAAAAUAUAAAAAUUACUACUGAUCUUUAACGAUGAAAAUUCUAAGGAUUUGACGGUAAUGGGUUGAAAUUCAGUUUAAAGAUGUUGAAGCAGAUAAAGCCAUUUUCAUCAGGACGAUGGGAUUUCGUUAGUUGAUUAUAUUAAACGUAACGUUUAUUAAAAAAUGUUAAUUGGUAAAAUAACAAAUACGAUAUCGAAGUGUAUUGUUUUAUUAAAACCAUACACGGUACAAUCUGAAAAUUACAGGCUUGUGGGGAUAAAUCAUCUCUUUUUUUUUCUUUCAAAAAAUUAAGUUUGUACAUGGAAUUUAAGAAACUUUUCGAAGUUCUUGAAACCGGAAAAAGCAAGCUUGUGGGUAGGUUAAAAUAACAGCUCUCAACAAGCCACUUAAUACGUUCUUAUGAGUCAAGAAAGAUAAUUUUUUAACAUCAUAAAUCUGCAAGAUAAUUAACAUUUGUCAAGAUUUUUUUAAAUUUUGAAAUUUUUUUGAAAACCUAUCAAACGUAUUAGAUUAUUUAUAGUAGAAUAAUAUUUAAGAUUUUUUAAAUUUUUUGAAUCUAUUUUAA